AUGGCGAAUCCUCUCGAUACCGACGCUGGCUCCGAGCUCUUCAGUUCUUACGAGGCCGAGUUCAAGCUCAUCCAAGCCGAUCUAAACCAAAAGUUGGAUCAGAUCCCCGAACUGGCUGGCGAGCCUCGAAAGGCUGCUAUCAGCCAAGCCGAGCGAGCACUGGAGGAACUCGAUGAACAGCUCAGUGCAAUGCGCCUGGAGAAGCAAAACAUCCCAACCAGCUCCCGCACCAAGGUCAACCAGCGCUUUCGAAACUACGAAUCAGACACAGAUGCAGCUCGUCGCAAACUCACCACCCUCUCCUCCGAUCGCUCAGCGCUUUUCGGUUCACGAUAUACCGAUGACCCCGCAGGCUCAUCGGACAUCAACAUGGAGCAGCGCCAGCAGUUACUUUCUGGAACGGACCGCCUCGAUCGAAGCACCCAGCGUCUCAAGGCCAGCCAGGCUCUUGCCAACGAGACUGAAGCCAUCGGCGCCGGCACUCUGGCAGAUCUUGGCAGGCAGCGAGAAACCAUCGAGCACACUCGUUCUAGGAUGCUUGAAAGCGAGGGUUACGUUGACAGGAGCGUCAAGACACUCAGGGGCAUGGCGCGUAGGAUGGCUACAAAUCGGAUAAUCACCAUCUCAAUCAUCACAGUCUUGGUUAUUCUCAUCGUUGCAGUUAUCUUCAGCAAGUUCCGAUGA